GAGGAAAUCCAGGAGCUCAGGCUGCCCUUCAGGUGCUCCAGCUCCUGUACUCGCUCUUCCCCAGAGGUCUCCUCUCCUCUAUUCUCUCCCUUCUGAACAUUCUGGACUAGAUUCCAGUUUUCUAAGGCUUCUGAGCAGGUUGCUCCAUUGUUCACCAACAUGGAAGAGGCAGCUGGAUCCCCUGAGGAUAAAGAAUUUACAGGCUUAUCAAAUGCUAUAGCCAUUAACAAAGAAAAAGGUGAUUUAUCUGUGAAAGCUGUCAAGAAUAUGGAGACUGCUGUGGAAAAAGGGAAUUGGGUAGAUGUCGUCUCUGCAGUCAAGGAGAUCAAACAGGAAGCAUCAAGAAAAACAGUGAAAAUUGCUGUAACUGGGAACUCCAGGAAUGGCAUGUCAUCCUUCAUCAAUGCUCUUAGGGAGAUUGGACAUGAGGAAGAGGAUUCAGCUCCCACUGGGGAGGUGAGGAGCACACAGAAACCAGCCCUAUACUCCUCCUCCAAGUUUCCCAAUGUGGAUCUGUGGGACCUGCCUGGCACAGGGGUCACAUCCCAGAGCAUGGAGAACUACCUGGAGGAGAUGGACUUCAACAAAUAUGACCUGAUCAUCAUCAUCGCUUCUGAGCAGUUCAGUUCGAAUCAUGUGAAGCUGGCCAAAGCCAUGCAGAGCAUGAGAAGGAGGUUCUAUGUCGUCUGGACAAAGCUGGACAGGGACCUCAGCACAAGUGCCCUCCCAGAACCCCAGCUACGGCAGAACAUCCAAAAGAACAUCCAGGAAAACCUCCAGAAGGAGGGGGUGGAGGAGCCCCCCAUAUUCCUAGUAUCCAACUUUAGUCCUGAUUCUCUCGAUUUCAUUAAGCUUAGAAUAACACUGACAGAAGACCUCCAUAGCAUCAGGUAUCAUGGUCUCUUCGUAACCCUUUUCCAAGUCUGUGAGGAGAUUAUUAGUAAGAAAGUGGAAUUCAUUAAAGGGAUCAUAAAGGAGAAUAAUUUACAGGAAGGUUUAGGAAUCUCGGAUCCAAAUAAUCUGGUAGAGUGUCAGAAAGUCUUCCAAGAAAACUUUGGUGUGGAUGACAAAUCUCUCCACCAGGUGGCUCUGACUAUGAAUCAGCCGGAUACUUAUUUCACAGAUGCAAUGGAGUCCCAGGUUAUACAGAGGCACCAACAAGAUGGCUCGACACUGUCUGUGCCGCACCAGUUGUCCGUUCGAGUUCUUAACUUUGUCCUUUGCUAUUUUGACUCAAAACACAGGCAACAGGCACAUGUACUUGAUGAAGCUGCUGAGAAAACCAAGAAAAUUCUGCAUAAAAUCUUGAAGGAAACUCUCCUUCCUUAGGAAGGGCAGGCUAACCAAGGUUCUCUCCCCAGCUUUCUACCCGACAUCUACCCCCAGUUGAAUUUAAUUGCUGUAUGGGUAUCAAGUUCCUUGAGGCUAAUAGGCCGACUUUCUUGAUGGGCGUCCCCCUCAGGAAACAGCGCCAUGGGUUUUGCUUUUUACCAUUUAUUUAAUUUUAUUUUAAUUGAACUGUCUGGGAUUCCAAUUUAGGAGACAUUUCCUUUUUCGAAUUGCCCAGAAUUUCACGUCUGACACAUGGUCACCUUGGCACCUAUGACUGAUAUAGUUUCUCUUAGAGGCCUCUUAAUUUUUGCUCCUGUCUUUCCUCUCUCUAUUAUUCCCUCUCGUGCGAGGUGGAGCAUCCUUCGGGAAUGAGGAAGCACUUGUUCCUGCCCACUGUCUGAAAACAUGGCUAGUAGAGGCCUGUUCUCUGACCUGUCCUCGGAUGUGUAAAGAGAGGGGAUUUAACUCUGUACCACUGGUCACGGGAUUCACAAAGCGCUGACUGGAAGACUUCUAGGUCCCCCACACUACCCCUAGUGGUGCCAUGAAUGUCAUGGCCCCUCACACUUCGCACCCACAAUCUCCUAUUGGAUCUGAACUUCUUCAUUUUUCCCUAACUCUCCAGGUCAAACCCCUAUCAAAAUAGACCCUUCUCCCUUCCUCA